AUGAAGCUGAUUGGCUGCCUAGUUCAAGGUGCUUGUGUGACUCAAUGGGGAUUCCCCUCGCUAGCCGAGGAAUCGAUUGUGUUUAAUUCUAGAGUACCACUGUCAGCUGAGCAACACAGAAUCCCAAAGAGCUCCAAAGACUUCCAGAACAGCUUUGCACUCAUAUUACAGAUAGUAUCUACGAGAAAAGUUACAUGUUCACAUGAUACAUUUACCUAUAGGACCUUCAUACAGGAAGAGAGGGUAUCAUUUCAGAUGUCAGCGAUGAAAGAACAGGAAGGUGUGGAAUAUACAAAUACAAAGACAGUAGAGCAGUCUUAUGAGAAUAACCUUGCUGUACACCAGCCAGGAAUGUCAUAUGAAGAUAUGGUUGAUGGCUAUAGCAAAUGGGCUGAAACAGGCGGAUAUGACGAGGACUUGAAAAAAGGUGUCUAUAAUGGGCCAACUUAUGCUGCUGAGACAGUGAAGAAAAUGAUUCCCUGUAAGACUGCUAGAAUCAUAGAUGUGGCUGCAGGAACUGGGAAAGUAGCAGAACAUUUGAAACUACAUGGCUAUGAAAACCUGGAUGCAUUAGAUGGAUCGUCUGGGAUGCUAAAAGUGGCAAGAGACAAUCGACUAUACAAAAACUACAUUUUAGCAAGAUUUGAAGCAACAGGGACCCCUAUAUUGGAUGAUACAUAUGAUGGUCUGGUGAUCUCUGGGGGUAUGGGAGAGGGCCACAUUCCAGCAGAGGCACUGCAUGAAAUGGCAAGAAUUGUAAAGACAGGAGGCAUGAUUAUCAUAGUGAUGCGAGAGGAAUACCUCACAUAUGUAGAAGGAUACAAGGAUGGAGAACUUGAAAGAAUCAUGGACAGAUUAGAGGAAAAUCAGAAAUGGAAAAAAGUUUCUCGAAAUGUUGUCUCAAAUUAUUCCUUUAACAAAAAUGGAGUGGUAUUCACCUUCAGAGUUCUAUAAAUUCAUGGACAAUACUAUAUAUU